UUAACAGCAAAAUCCAAGUAUCAUCCCUUGCUCUCAACAAAAUGGUUUAGAAGUUUGGAGACGAAGUCUUAGCCACUAAGUGGUUGUUUCAGUAGUCACAAUUGCUCUUAGUGGACUGCUUGUAAUGGUUUUGCCUCAUUCGAGCAGGACUUGGGCUAAGCUGCUAGUGACUGAGCUGCAGACUUCUGGGAUGUCGCUGGUUUCUGCAGAUAAACUCAUUUAACAGCGAUGAUUUGGUACGACAGUACAGUCAGCUAGAAAUCAUCGUAAUGGGAGAGAAGGAACUCAUCCUUGUUGACAAGAGCAUUAAAAGUUUGCUAGAUAUUCCCUUGAGUCCCACUGUUACUUCCCUUAAUCUGCGCUGCAAUCGCAUCACAAGGAUCGAGGGGCUGACCUCAGCUUGGCACUUGCAACACUUGGAUCUCUCCUCUAAUCGCAUUUUAAAGAUCGAGGGUCUCAGUUCCCUCACUUCCUUAAGGACUUUGAAUUUAUCCUGCAACUUAAUUACUAAACUUGAAGGACUCAAUGGCCUUGUGAACCUAACAAGAUUAGAUUUGUCCUACAACCAGAUAAAUAACCUCACUGGUCUGCUGUAUCUCCACGGCACAGAGUACAAGCUGAAGCUCCUCAGUCUCCAUGGCAACCAGCUAGACAGCAUUGAUCAUCUCAUACAGUGUCUGCUGGGAUUACAAACUUUACGAGACGUCACUUUAAGUCAGGAUGGCAGAGACAACCCUGUCUGUAGUUUGCCAGGUUAUUGGGAGAUUGUUAUGGAGUCGCUACCACAGAUUUCAAUCCUGGAUGGCCUAGACCGGUUAAGGCAUCCAUCGUCUCCGGGUGUUAGCAGCUUCUGUGAUAUUCCCAGCCUCGAGGACUAUGUGGACCAGCUGCUGUCCUCUGAUACAAGUCACAGUGAAGUGGUUAAAGGUGCUCUCACCACGCCCCGUAUCGACCAGGUCCUUACCCAACUCCGUCAACAGAUUGCAGAUGCUGUCACAGAUCCAGCUACAAAACCAGCCGGUCCGAGCUCCCGGCCGGUUCCUUCCACUAUUACUGACUCGGCAUUCCCCAUUAAUGAGGAACGCAUCAGGAAACUGGAGCACCAGGUGUCCCAGCUUAUUCUGAAGGUACCUGCAGCUGAGAAAUCAAGUGUGUCUGCUCCUUCUGUCGUGAAGUCACAUAAAGCAAAGAGGGACACAGACCUUACAUCAGAAAGUGAGUGUGACAGCGGAAAGGAAAACAAAAGGCAGUCAAGGAUUCCUCGACACUCCAUCGUGCUAACAUCAAGCACAAGCACCCAAGAGACCAGAAACACAAGAUCAGAGAGCGACCGGGAGAGUCAUAAAGUGAGAAUGUCAAAAUCCGCUGUGGGGCCCAGAAGGAAGAUUGGCGGAACAGGAGGUGUGGAGGCAACAAGGCAGACGAAGAAGGGACCUUUGAGAGCAACUAAGACUGCAGAAGAUGUGAAAGUCAAGUCUGCUCUGGAGGAAGAGACAUACAGGACUAUUGUGGAGGAACGUGAUCAGGAGAGGGAGAGACGUUGGAAGGCAGAACAAGCUGCGCGGAGGCUGACAGAGGAGCUAAAGUGCGUACAGACAAGGGUCAGCGAGGAAAAAGACCUUCAGAGCAUGGCCCUGCACACCACAGACAGGCUGAAAGAGUUGUUGCUGAAAGAACGUUCAGGAUGCUGUGAGCUGCGGGCUCGCGUGGAGGAGCUGGAGGGGAGGUGUCAGUCACUAACCCAGCAGCUGGAACAGGCCCGAAGCGGUGGAGAACAGCACAGAGCUGCACUGCGUAAGCUGGAAGAGAGCGUCUCUCAUGGAGACACCCUCAGGGCUCGCCAGCAGGCUGAAGAGAUGAAGCGGCACCAGGAGAUGGAGAACAAGGCAACGGCUCUGAAGAGAGAGCUUGAUAUCCAGAGAGCCUCAGUGCGCCAGCAAAAAGACAAACUGCAGCAGCUGCACGAGCUGCUGGCAUCCAGAGAACAAGAGCACAGAAAACAGCUGGAGUUGCGGUUACAACCUGGCAGUGCUGAUUUCCGUGAGGCUGUGGCGGAGGAGGUGGCAGCAGCAGAACAGAGACACGACCUGAAGCAGGCGGAGCUGCAGGAGAAACUGUCAGAGGGCAUGAAGCAAUACGCUGCUCUGGAGGACGAGUUCCGCAUGGCGUUGACCAUCGAGGCUGUUCGCUUCUCUGAGGCCAAGGAGGCGUGUGAUCACAUUACUGCAGAACUAAUGGACCUCAAAGCGGCCCACGCUCAGUCCCAGCAGAGGGAGAAGAAAUCCGGCUCUCUGGUGCAGGAGCUCACAGAUAUGGUCAAAGAACAGAAGAGCCGCAUCUCUGAGCUCAUCAAAGCCAAGAGAGAUGCAGUCGCUGAUCUCAAGAGCCGUCUUCAUUCCUUGGAAGGGGAGGUGGAACAGGACCGGCGUCUCGCCCUGCACCUGGAGAUGCUCAAGAAAGAAAAGUCGCGACUGUUGUCUCAACUAACAGUCCAGGAGUCGGUGAUAGACGGCCUGAGGGCUGAGAGGAGGAUCUGGGGCCAGGAGCUGGCUCAGCAAGGUGCGUCAUUGUCUCAGGAUCGUGGACGUCUGGAGGCGAGGAUCGAGGUGCUCACGACUGAGCUGGAGGCUCAGAGGAAACAGAGAGACAGAGACCACGAUGCCCUUAAAAUCAAAGCCAAAAUCGUAGAUGACCAGACGGAGACUAUCCGCAAACUCAAAGAGUCCACUCAGGAGCGGGACAAUCAGAUCCGUAGACUGAAGGAAGAUGCGGUCCAGACUGAGAGGAGGCUCCAGCAGCAGCUGGAGGAGGAGAAACACCAGCGGGCAGAGCUGAAGGAGAGGUUGGAACAUGUGAGCCUACGCAAGGAGGAGCUGAAACAGGAGGUGGAAGAUAAGGAAGCAGAGCUCCAGGACGUCAGAAGAUCCUACAGUGAUUCCAGUAAGAAGUGGCAGGACAAGGCAGAGCUGCUCACUCGGCUGGAGAGCCAAGUGAAGCGUAUGAAGGAGAGUUUUGAUUCCAAGGAGCGCCAGCUGCUGGAAGAGAGAGAUAAAGCAACGGAAGCGCACAAAGCUGCAGUGGAGAGGUUACACUCAGUGGAUGAUGCCUUUCGCCGACAGCUAGAGUCUGUCCAGGCUGCACAUCAAGCUGAGCUGCUCCGGGCGGCUAACGAAAGACAAAAAAAGAUAGAAGAAGCCAAUCGGAAGGUACUUGAAGUAGAAGAGGAGAUGCGUCAGCUCCUGGAGGAGACAGAAGCUAACAAGAGAGACACGGAGGAGAAAAUGAGACGUCUCACCAGCGUACUGAAAGACUUCAACGUGUGAAAUCUGGAUAACCUUAACAUUGUGCAGUUGUACUUUUAGGUAUAUUUUUUAUAUACAGAUGUAUUUUUAUAUA